CACUAGCACUACACUAGCACUAUCAUAUUAGCAACAAAAGAAGUUAUGUUUUUUAGAAAAAUAUCACAGAAAUAUAUUUUAGUUUUAAUGUUCUUAUUUAUGAUACUGAUUCCUGCAAAAGUCGAUGCUGACGAAAAGAAUAUCAAUAGACUCCUAAACAACCAAGCUGUGGUCAGUCGUCAAAUCAUGUGUAUUCUCGAGAAAAGCCCCUGUGACCAGUUAGGAAAACAACUUAAAGCUGCUCUACCAGAAGUUAUUACAAGAAAAUGCCGCAAUUGCUCGCCUCAGCAGGCACAAAGCGCACAAAAAUUGACAUCGUUUCUGCAAGCUCGCUAUCCGGACGUCUGGGCCAUGCUGAUUAAAAAAUACCAGACCGCUUAAGCUUAAUUCGUGAAUUUAAUUGUUAAUCUAAACAUAAAGUCAAUAUACACAAAUCGAAUAAAAUUGCAAGUUUGGUUAAGUAGCUAUUUAUAUACUGGAAUUUAUAUGCUGUAUUACUAAAAAAUAAAAUCCCAACUACUUAUUGAGUCUAAGCGCUUUAGCUUAGCU